AUGAGUUACGAAUCAGUGCCUGGUGCUGACUCCAGAGUGGGUUUUGAACAGGCUAAUAGGAAUAUAAAGGGGUGGUAUUACUACUGCUUCUCAAGCGAACCAUUCAUAGUGAGCGCUGUUUCGACAUAUGUACCACUACUAUUAGAGCAGUUUGCUAGGAUAAAUGGAGUAAAACUUCAUGACCAUAAUGCAGCAUGUGAAGCUACUGAUGAUAAGUGUGUGUUGCCUAUUUUCAAUGGAAAAUGGUUCAUCGACACCUCGAGUUUUGCCUUAUACACCUUCUCCCUUAGUGUGUUUUUCCAAGCACUUCUAGUCGUUAGUGUUAGUGGGAUUGUCGAUAAGUGCUAUAGCAUCUCAUUCAAGAAGCGUGUUCUACUUGUAUUUGGUACUAUUGGUGCAUUCUCUACGUGGCUUGUGGGAACAUUAAAAUCCGACCAGUACUAUACAUUGGCAUUUCUCGCAGUGUUAGGCAACUGUUGUUACGGAGUAAUAAACGUGGUUGGUAACUCUUUAUUGCCUGUUCUCGUGAGUUGCUUGGAAGGAACUGAGGACCAGGCAGAGGUUGAUAUUAAGACUUCUGUUAUAAGUGGUCGGGGUGCCUUCUAUGGGUAUUUUGGUGCCCUCGUGGUACAAAUCAGUUCACUAACAUUGGUAAGGCUGAGUAAAAAUCAUGAUAACCUUCAAAUUGCCAUUCUGUUUGUCGGUAUUUGGUGGUUAAUUUGGCAAAUACCUAUAGCGGUUCUCUUGCAAGAUGUUCCAUUUGAAGCACCUCAAGAAGCUAGUACAUUUGAAUGGUCUAAUACAGGUAAAUACAUGACAUAUGGAUGGAAAUCGCUUUGGGAAUCAUUAAAACACGCAAAACUAUUAAAGGAUGUUGUUAUUUUCCUCGUAGGUUGGUUUAUCAUUUCAGACUCAUUAACAACGAUCAACUCUACUGCUAUUUUAUUCGCUAAAACAGAACUAAAAAUGACAGCAACGAACUUAAUCAUUUUAAGUAUGUUAACCAUGAUAAUGGCUAUGGUUGGAGCCGUUUAUAUACCACGUCUUCUGAGUGAAUACUUAAGAUUACCCCUUCAAAGGGUGUUAAUACUCAUAAUCUUGUGGUCAAGUGUUAUUCCUUUAUAUGGAAUGAGCGGUUUUGUUUUUGAAAGUAUAGGAUUGAAACACAAGUUUGAGAUGUACUUUUUAGCGGUUUGGUAUGGGUUAUCUUUGGGAGGACUAGCAGCGGUCUCCCGUUCAUUGUUCAGUUUACUCGUCCCUCGGGGUAAAGAAUCUACCUUUUUCAGUCUUUUCAAUGUCACUGAUAAGGGAUCUUCUAUUGUAGGGCCUCUAUUGAUCGGUCUAAUAACCGACAAAACUCAUAACAUAAGAUAUGCUUUCUACUUAUUGUUCUUCCUCUUAAUGGCAUCCCUCCCAAUAUUCCGUGAAUUGGAUGUCGAAAGAGGCAAGAGAGAGUCUAGAGAAUUAUCUAAUAUGACUACCACUAUAUAG